AAUCUCCCGCCAGUGUGCUCUCCUAUGUUGAAGGCGCUGAUUUCCGGUAGGUAUAAAGUUGUUACGGCGCAAGAACGCGAUGGAGACCCCACCGAAAAAGAGAUACCGCAAAAGAAAAGAUAAGGUGAAUUCAACACCAAGUGGACAACUUGAAGUAGUUGAAAGCAGCUUAGCCUGCAGUGCAGAUGCACAACUUGCAGAACAUGCAGAAGUACUUGAAACAGUAAACAAUUCACAACAUGAAAUCAAAAUGAACAAAACAGAAUCUGAAUCCCAAGCAAGUGGUGCAUUUGUUACAGAUGAAAAUUCUGAGCACAGAAACAACAACUCAGAUGAAUUGUAUGACAGUUUGAAUUGCACUUCAUCUGUGACAGAAUGUGUCAAUGUCACCAUUUCACAAAAUGUUGAAGAUGAACAGCAUCAACGUGUUGAACAGCAUGGUCAAGAUGAACCAGCAAUGGAAUGUGCUGAGUCAAAUAAUGCUUUUGAUGAACAGUUUGAUGAGAUUUUAUUUGCCUUUCAUGAAGAAGCAAAAUUGAGGGACAGUGAUUUGUUGGCAAAUGAGGAUGACUUUACUUCUACAUACACUGAAUAUGACGGAAUAGAGAUUGAACAUAUAGGACAAAUUAUUUCAGAUGAAAUUUUGCAAACUUGUUCCAAAGAAGAAGAGGAGAUAAAGAUCAAAGAUCAAAGUGAGAUCCCUUUAUUUGAAAAUUCUCGUCAUUCCGUUGGUGUAGUUGUGUUACUCAUAUGCUGUUUUGUUAUAAGAUUCCGUCUACCAGAUGAAGCAGUAUCAUACUUGCUAAAGUUUAUGGCUUGUAUUUUACCACACUGCAAUCGACUGAUGGGUAGUUUGUACCACUUUAGAAAUUUUAUCAAAAGAUUCUCUUGUGGUGCCUUACCAAACAUAAUAUUUCACUGUAAUUAUUGUUACACAGUGGUAGAAAAACACAGUAAACAAUGUCCAUCUUGCAAAAAAUCUUUGACUCAAACUGGAGCAAUGGCUUAUUUCUUACAAAUCAAAUUAGUGUCUCAAUUAACUUCUCUUUGGAAAACCCCUGAUUUUUGCAAUUCUGUUAGAAAGCAUAGAUUUCAACACUACGAACACAAUUUUAAGAGUAAAUUAAGUGACAUAUAUGAUGGAAAUUUGUACAAAAAAUUCUUUGAAAAUAAUGGAAUUCUUAGCAACAAAAACAAUUUAUCAUUUUCAUUAAACACCGACGGUGCACCUCUUUUCAAGUCAUCAAAUGUAAGUAUUUGGCCUGUGUAUAUGCUAGUCAAUGAACUCCCACUUUCUCAGCGAAAACGACGACAGAAUGCAUUGCUUUAUGGUGUUUGGAUUUCAAACAAAAAACCACAGAUGUGGUCAUUCUUCAAACCACUUUUCAGUGAAAUGCAGUAUUUGGAAUCAAGAGGACAUAACUUUAUUGACAGUGAUGGCAACAGUUUUUUAUGCAAAUGCAUUCUUUUAACAUGUACAUGUGACCUUCCUGCAAGAGCACUGGUAUAUAACUGUAAUCAGUUUAAUGGUGAAUACAGUUGUUGGUUUUGUUUACAAAAAGGAGAAACUCACAAACAUGAAACAGGAGGAAUUUCUCAUAUAUUUCCUUAUGAUGAGUCAAAUCCAAAAGGCCCUCCCCGCAGCAAAGAAACGAUCGAUAGAGAUGCACAGUCUGCUGUUGAAAAAGUCUUAAACAAUGAAUCAAAAUGUACAGUUAAUGGACACAAAGGAAAGUUCUGGUUCAUGUACUUAAAACAUUUUGAUCCUGUCAAAAGUUGUGUUAUAGACUAUAUGCAUGGUGUAUGUUUGGGUACUGUUAAACAAAUGCUUACUUUAUGGUUUGAUAAGAAAAACAAAUCAAAAGAAUUUUCAUUCUUUCAUUUAAGGAGUCAAGUAAAUGACAUGUUAAGAAAUAUAAAACCUGCUAUUUUUGUGACACGAAUACCAAGGUCAAUUGAUGAAAUAGCCCAUUGGAAAUCCUCAGAAUACAGAAAUUUUUUGCUGUAUUGGGGCAUUCCACUUCUUGAGGGGAUACUGUCUGGACCAUACUUUGUACAUUUUUGUUUGUUGGCUAGAUCCAUAUUCAUUCUUUCAAAAGAGGGAAUUAGUAAUGAGGAAUUAGAAACAGUUGAAAGAGCGCUGCUUCUUUUUGUAGAACAGUAUCAAUAUUUGUAUGGAAAACGAUAUCUAACUUUAAAUCAACAUCAGUUAGUUCAUCUUGUUGAAUGUGUGCGAGAAACAGGACCAUUGUUUGUAAAUAAUUGUUUUAUAUUUGAAGAUCUCAAUGGUUUUAUUGUUAAACAUAUUCAUGGUACGCAAGGGGUUGAUACACAAUUGACAAAUAUUAUAAACAUGUUAAAGGUACCUCCAAUAAUGUACAAUAUUUUUCUUAAAGAUAGUGCAGAUGAACAAGUUUUAUCACUUUACAAUGAACUAACUGACAGUGUUACAGGAAGGCACAAGUAUGAAGAUGAAAUAGAAGAUGGGAUUAGGCCAAUUGGGAGUGCAAAUGUGAAAGUGUUAACUCCAAUAGAGCUAACCCUUGCAAGAAAAUUUGGCAUUAUAGAAAAAGAAGUUAAAGUUUUUAACAGAAUUGAUAUGUAUAGAAAAGGUUUUUAUGUAUAUGGCAAGGAGUAUGAAAGGCUACAAAAAAGACAGCAAAAUGUUGUAACUUGUGCCAUAAGUGGAGAAAUGCAAUUUUGUACAGUUAUAGCAUUUUAUCAAUGCUUAAAAAGAAAUCAGGAACCUGUUAACUUAGCAUUAGUGAAUUAUUUUAAAAAGAUACAGUCUGUUGGUUGUGUAUGGCAAGUGGAAUGUCCUGAAAAAUUGGAUAUGAUUCCUAUUUCAUGUAUAACAAAUGUAAAUAACAUUGUUAAAGCACAUGGGAAGACAUAUGUUUGUCCAUCUCCAAAUAGGUAUGACAGAGACUAAUUCUGUUGUCAAAGUGUAGGUUAGCAAUGUACAUUGAUGAACAGAAAUAUUGAAUAAAUUUGUAUAAAACA